CUGUCAAGGAGAGGGCAGAUAAGUUGAUAAAAGCAUUCAAAAAUGAGGAGCUUUCAUCCCUCAGGAAAUCAGGUACUGCUGAAGAGUACACCGAGAGGGAGGUGCUGCUGACCGAAAUAAUGGAGUUGAUUGAAUCAGAGAAGACCAAAGCCAAAGGAGCCAAGAAGGACACAAAAGAAAAAGAAGAGGACCUGGCAAAUGCUGGUUUGGUUAUCCGGAAGAGGGCAAUGCAGACCCUUGUUGCCAAUGAAGAUCAAAUUGGGAAGCCUACAGCAGCUACACCAAAGAAGAGCAAGAAGGGGGUUGCACACGAGUAUGCCCACAUGAAGAUGAUUGAGCUGGAGGUGCGGAGGGAGGAACUUGCAUUCAAAAAACAUGAAAUGGAGAUGAUGAAGGAGGAGAGACGUGAGAGGAUGGAGCUGGAAAGGAAGGAAAAAGAGGGACUUGUAAAUCUACUCCAGGGACUAUUACAAGUUAUAAAGGAGAAGUAGUCAUCACGCAUUAGCUCACCUCUUAGCAGAGGUGAGCUUAUCCCAUACCGUCGCGUCCGUCGUCGUC